UACGGUUCUUUGCUUUGCACUUUGCUUAUCUCAUUUCCCUUUCAAACAAACUAUCCACAAUUCCCUCUAUUUAUAUUUAUAAUUAAAUAAUUAUAUUAUAUAAAAAUACAAAAAUAAAUGAUAUAGUAACUUCUUAAUUCAUACUUCUUACAAAAAAAAAAAAAAAGAAUUUCAUUUUUUUAUAUAUAAUUAUAUAUACAUACAAUAAUAUACGUGUAAAUCAGAUAUCGAAACACACACUACAAUUUUUUUUUUUUUUUUUGUAUCAGAGAAGAAACUUCUGAUCUUGUUCCCCCUUCUCUCUCUCUCUCUUUGCAACAAUUUUCCCUUAUUGCCUUUGUCUUCAGGAUGGUGAAUUAUUUUGUUCAUAUUUUUGGUUUUUAUAGUUUGAGAUGUGAAAAUUAGGGCUAGGAAUUGGGAGUUUUUUGUUGUGUUGUUUGUGUUUUGGGGGAUUUUUUUUUGGGUUAUUUGGAUGGGUAAUAAGUUGGGAAGGAGGAAGCAAGUGGUGGAUGAGAAGUACACUAGGCCUCAAGGGUUGUACCAACACAAAGAUGUGGAUAUCAAGAAGCUUAGAAAACUCAUUCUUGAUUCAAAGCUUGCACCUUGUUACCCUGGUGAUGAUGAUUGUCCUGGUGCUGAGCUUGAGGAAUGCCCCAUUUGCUUCUUGUACUAUCCAAGUUUAAACCGUUCAAGAUGUUGCAUGAAAGGCAUUUGUACAGAGUGUUUUUUGCAGAUGAAGACUCCCAAUUCAACCCGUCCAACACAAUGCCCGUUUUGUAAAACUUCAAACUAUGCGGUGGAAUAUCGUGGGGUAAAAACAAAGGAAGAAAAAGGGAUAGAGCAGAUUGAGGAACAACGAGUUAUAGAAGCCAAAAUAAGAAUGAGACAGCAGGAGCUGCAGGAUGAAGAAGAGAAAAUGCAUAAACGGAAAGAGCUUAGUUCUUCCAGUAGUAUUGCUGGUCCAAGUGAGAUUGAGUAUUGCUCUACAGCAGCCCCAGCUUUUGCUUCUGCUGUAGAAAGUGGAGAAAUCGUUACUUCUCAAGAGACAUGUGCAGCUCCAACAAUUAGACAACCUCCACGCAUGAGACAGAAUAGGGAGGAUGAUUUUGACUUGGAUCUUGAGGAUAUCAUGGUUAUGGAAGCCAUAUGGUUAUCCAUACAGGAGAAUGGCAGAAAUCGAAGUAUGGACUAUAGUGAUGUCGGUCCAUCAGAACAAUAUACAGAAGAAGAUCAUCGAUGUGUCCCAACAGUCAAUGCCCCAGCAGCUUCAGGCUCAUCUUCCUCUCCUUCUGGUGGUCUGGCUUGUGCAAUUGCAGCCCUUGCUGAGCGCCAGCAAAUGAGUGGAGAUUCCAGUAGCUACAGUCAGAACAUUUCAUCGUAUAAUGAGCAUCUCGCACGCGAUAGGUUUUCCAGUAGGGAGGAGCUAGAGAAUGAUGAUGAUUACCACCCUCAUACUGAGGGCACCAUGCAUGUUGCACCGGAAAGCCAGUUGCAAAUACCAAGGGAGGACGGUGAAUGGGCUGAUCAUGGUUCCAUGGUAGCCGAAGUUGGAACUAGUUAUGCAGUCUCUGACGAAAUGGAAGAUGAUGCUUCAUUCCCUCUGCAGGGUGAAAUGGUAAGCGAUCUUCAACCCACCACCAGUUCAAUAGUUCCUGAGAAUUUUGAAGAACAGAUGAUGUUAGCCAUGGCUGUUUCACUGGCCGAGGCAAGUGCACGGUCUAGUCCACCUGGGGUGGCCUGGCACUAGUAGUGCUAGGGGUUGUGAGGAUUCCACUUGUGCUACGUCGCCACUUAUCAAAAAGAAAAGAAAAAGAAAAAGGAAAAAAGACGAAAAAGAAAAUGCAACUAGUUUUUUACCCCUCUUCUCCUCUUACCUUUUUCCAUCUCCCUUUUCCUACGUGUCCUCCCUUUCGUAUUUCGGUAUACUGCUGUACGAAAACUGAGAAAUUGAUUCUAGUGAAUGAAAUGUUGCUUGAGCCCUGCA